AUGCCGAUCGAUAACAUCCGCACGUUUGUCUUCUUAGUCGUCCGCGCGACCCUAAACGAGGAAGCAAUGCGCACAGCAUUGGAUCGACUCAUCAGAAAUCACCUUCCGAUCCUUGGUUCUCGCCUCGAGGCCGUUUCCAAAUCUGGGAAACUAGCGUAUCGCCUACCCACUUCUUUCCCAGCCGAGUAUCAGCUGUUUCUCUGGUCAUCUGAUAUCGUUGACUCGACCCUCGCAGAUGCCCAGUUGCUGCCCAAGGAGACACAUGCAGAUUGUGAUAUCUUGCACGGGCCACGCUCUAUCCCGGAACUGGAAGGUGAAUGGACUCCAUCCACUUGGCCCAGGGAGCGGAGAUUCGAGGCACCGGACACGCCGCUACUGCUCGUCCAUAUUACCAGGUAUACGGACGCCACAGUUGUCGCGCUAAACUUGCCUCAUGCGGUCGCCGAUCAGAUGGGCUUCGGGAGUUUGAUCACCGCGUAG